AUGGACCCCUCGGGAGCACCUCCAUUUAUGGCAUCACGGCGGAUCAGCCAUCUAAAAGGAGCCAGGUCCGCGGUCUCUCAAAUGAACUGGCAGCAGCGGAUUUGGUGGGCAAUACGAACGCCUAUAAGGACGUUAAUAUGUAUAUCAAACGUGACUAUCUUCUUCAUCACAUACUUUGGCUUUAUGUUCCCCGUGAUGUGGGCAUCAAAAGUGUGGCCCCGUUUGUAUUGGUUCUGGGAGGGAAAGCUGUAUCGGUGGCUACAGGCUUUUCUCGGAUAUUGGGGCUAUACAGCUGGCUAUGAUGUCUACGAAUACGGCGACGAUCUUGCUCAGUGCAUCGGAGAGCGCGUCUUGCUAAUGUCGAACCAUCAGAGCACUGCCGACGUGCCAACACUAAUGGCCUGCCUUCAGCAUAAGGGCGUCGCCAGUCGAAAGACCCUGUGGCUGAUGGACAUGAUGUUCCGGUGGACCCCGUUCGGCAUCAUCGGAAAUAUACACGGCGACUAUUUCAUUCAGCAGGGAAAAGCUGGCCGAGACAAGGAGUUGGUUCGGCUGAAGGACCAUUUGAAAAACGUCUUUUGGGAGAGGGAUCGUCGUUGGGUAAUCCUGUUCCCGGAGGGCGGCUUUUACUUCAAGCGUAUCGAGAGCAGCCAGGCAUACGGACAGAAAAAUGGAUUCCCGCACACCGAGUACACGACGCUGCCCAGGAUGGGCGCCAUCAAGGCAAUUCUCGAAGAGGUCGGACCGCGUGAGGAGGACGGCGAUGAAUCAAAGCGUCCUCGCACGUACAGUAAGCUAAAGCUGAUCAAGGACACCGUCGGGGCGAUCCGCGAGAAGAAAUAUGUGAAAGACACCCGGCCGCCAAUCAAGUACAUCCUCGAUGUGACGAUCGCGUAUCCGCAUGGAAUUCCCCUGACGCUGGCCACGAUAGCCAUGGGUACACGUGAAAAGUGCGAUAUUGGCGUCCACUACCGAGUAUACGAUGCCGAAGAGGUGCCAUUCGAGGAUGACGACGCGCUGCGGGAUUGGAUGUACGCGCGCUACAAGGAGAAGGACGAUAUGCUCGGCCGCUACUACGAGACUGGCGAGUUUUUCCACGGGGAAACCGGGCAGCGCGUCGUCUUCUCCUGGUCCAAGAUUAUUCUCCAGUACAUCUUUUGCCCGAGU